CUUUGAAAAAUGAAAAUGAUACGUUCGUGAAGGCUAAGGAUUUCUGAUUUUGUUGGGUUGCGCGUUGAAGUUGAAGCGCGUUUGAACCAGCUCUUCCAUCGCGUACGGUGGCCGGCGACUUCCGCCGACGGGUCUCUCUCUGGCCAAGGUUCUGUGGACUGGAAGCUUUCUUUUAUCUCAGCUUAUUACAACACACUCUUCUUCUUCUUCUUGCCCUCUGGCAUCUCAAUGAUGACACCAGAAUCAUCAAAGGAGAUGGAAAAACGUGCAAUCUCAGGUCAUCAUGUGAAGGGGAAUAGUGAAUAUGUUAGACUUGUCAUGUCUGAUGAACCGAGCGCUGUUGAAACUGAAAUGCUACAGCCUCAAGCAGAAUCAAGAAUUGAAUCUUUCUGGUGGUGGAUGAAAACCUUUUUAUGGUGCUUUGUCAUUGUUAUACUUGUUUUUGUUCUAGUAAAAUGGGUGGUGCCAUUUGUUUUUGAAAAGCUUCUUUACCCAAUGAUGGCAUGGGAAGCUACUGCCUUUGGCCGUCCAGUUCUGGCCCUUGUACUAGUUGCUUCUCUGGCUUUAUUCCCAGUAUUUUUGAUCCCUUCUGCCCCUUCCAUGUGGUUGGCUGGGAUGAUGUUUGGUUAUGGGCUUGGCUUGGUUAUAAUUAUGGUUGGAACAACUAUUGGGAUGGUCCUCCCUUAUCUAAUUGGACUAGUGUUCCGUCACCGCAUUCAUCAAUGGUUAAAGAGAUGGCCCCGGAAUGCCGCAAUGAUUAGGCUUGCCGGGGAAGGGGGCUGGUUCCAUCAAUUUCAAGUGGUUGCUCUGUUUAGAAUUUCACCUUUUCCCUAUACUAUAUUCAAUUAUGCUGUAGUAGUGACAAACAUGAGGUUUUGGCCGUACUUAUGUGGAUCAAUAGCAGGAAUGGUGCCAGAAGCUUUCCUCUACAUCUACAGUGGUCGACUAAUAAAGACCUUGGCGGACGCAGAGUAUGGGAAGCACCACUUGACCACUGUGGAAAUUGUGUACAACAUUGUUUCUUUCAUAAUUGCUGUUGUUACCACUAUUGCCUUCACUGUUUAUGCAAAAAGGACUUUGAAUGAACUCAAAAUAGCAGAAGACAAUGAGGAAGCUGCAUCUGUUUCUAGGAAUGCUACUCUUGAGAUGGAGAAGCCUUCCCAUUGAAAGGCUUCUCAUCAAAUUUAUCAUAGAUUCAUAGUGUAUAUUGGUGUAUCUAAAAUUUGGUAUAAGCUAUAUACAUAUAUGAUAUACUUUCCCUCUUAGGCAUGUAAUUACUGAAUGAGCAUGUGAGACAGAAAAGCAAAUGUGGUUAUUUCGUUACUCUGUAAACCCGGAUAAAUUUUUGGUGUUACUGUUGCACUUAGAUUCAGUGCAUCUCACCAAUAGGAGCAUUAUAUAUCAGAGGAGAGAAAAAAAAUU